AUGAAGGCGGCACGGCUGUAUGGCGCCAAAGACGUUCGCGUCGAAGAGGUCCGCGAUCUGCCACUCUCCGGGCCUGACGCCGUGGUGGAGGUCGAAUGGUGUGGCAUCUGUGGCAGUGACUUGCAUUUCUAUCUGGGAGGCGGCGUGAGCGGCGUCGAACUCCAAGACAAAUGCAUCAUGGGACACGAGAUAUGCGGACGCGUGGUGUAUGCGCCCCCAGGAUCGCCCGUCAAACAGGGCCAGGCCGUCAUGGUCGACCCCCGGAUCUACUGCACCAGCUGCUCGAACUGCACCAAGUCGCGCACAAACGGCUGCAACGUCCUCCGUGGUCUGGGCGUCAUCGGCUCCUCUGGCGGACUGUCAGAGAGAGUCUCGGUGCGACCAAGCAUGCUCUACGCGUUGCCCGACUCGGUGGACCUGAGCACGGCCGCCCUGAUCGAGCCGUUGGCCGUGGCGAUGCACGGGGUCAAGCUGUCCGGCAUCCUCCAGAGCGACAAGGACGCCGCCACGGCCCUGAUCCUCGGUGGAGGUCCCGUCGGCAUUGGCGUCGUGCAGGUCUUGCGGGCCUUUGGCGUGACCAGGAUCAUGGUCUCGGAGCCGUCGACGGCACGUAGGGAAUAUGUCCAGCGGUUCGGCGCCACGGCCUUCAACCCGCUCGCCGUCGACGUCGUCUUUGACUGUGCCGGCGCGGCUGCGGCCCUGAAAGACGGACUCGGCAGUCUCUGCUUCGGCGGGCGCUACGUCAAUCUUGCGCUGUGGGAGACGGAGAUUCCUCUCUCCCUCACGGAAUUCACGCGCCGCGAGAUCCACCUCGUCGGAUCGUGUGCCUACGACGACUCGGAUUUCAAGGAGGCGGUCGAUGCUUUCAUUCAAGGUAGAUUCACCGACUUGUCCAGUAUGGUCACCGCGCGGAUUCCCCUCAACGACAUUGUCACAAAGGGACUCAAUGCCUUGCUCGAGGAAGGGGAGAAGCAUGUCAAGAUCAUGAAUGGAAACGUUUUGCUCGACAAGGACGAGGAGUAA